CGGAAGUAGAUAUAUUGUAUUGUAGAUGAUUUGUAACGUUGUUCAUUUGAUAAUAUUAACGUAAUUAUUUAGGUUAUUUCAGGAAAAAUGGGUCAGUAUUGCUGCAUUGUGAACUGCUAUAAUAGGUCUCACGAUCGACAGGGCAAACGCCUGAUAAAUGGUAUUAGUUUCCACCAUUUUCCUACUUGGAAAAAGACACAAGGAGACCUGGUGUCCGAAAUCACAAAGAGGCGUCGCAUGGCUUGGGUCGCCGCUGCACGGAGGAAAACCAUCACCUUCGACAACAUUUCCAAAGACAUGCUUGUUUGCUCACGGCACUUUCACAAAGGCAAGCCAGCAUAUGAAAUGUUUCAGUGCGACCCUGACUGGGCGCCGUCUCUACACCUUGGUCCCACAGGCGUCGGUGGGAAUUCUGACCGACAUAAGCGGAGGAUUCAACGGCAGCAAGCUGCAGUUGUGUCACCCUUUGCCACACCUUCUGCCGCCACAUCUGAUGAUUCUUGUUGUGUUACACCUGUUGACACACCGAUGGCCGAUGACACACCCUCUGACUCUGCAGCUUUACCUUCAGAUGUCCAGAUGGUGAUUGUUGGUGAAGAACACCAGCACGAGUGGAGCUCCAGUCUGGACCAGGAGGAUGCAAAUCCCCCACACAUUAAAGAGGAACCGGAGGAACUCUGGACCAGUCUAGUGCGAGAGCAGUUUCAAGGGCUGGAGGAGUUCCCAUACAGUCCCUUCCCUGUGAGGAAUGAAGAUGAUGAAGAGAAACCUCAGUUCUCACAGCUUUAUCAAAGACAAACUGAACAGAUGAAAACAGAAGCAGACGGAGAGUACUGUGGAGGACCAGAACCAGCCAGGACCUCAGAUCCAGAUUCACAAUCACAACCAGAUACUGAUGACGGGACUGAAGACUCUUCUGAACCUGAGACGGAUGACAGUGCUGAUUGGAACGAGACCAAAGAACCUCAGUCAGGUUUAAACUCUCUGAAUAACAAUGAAGCCCUUGUCAGUGAUCUGAGAGGUAGUACUGGUGAGCAACAGUGUGGGAAAAGAUCUGGCACCAGUAGACUUCUGAAGCGACGCGUGAGAUCUCAUACAGGAAAGAGAUCAUUUAGCUGCUCAGUCUGUGAGAAAGAUUUUAAACAGAGGGGACAUUUACAGGACCACAUGAGAACCCACACAGGAGAAAAACCAUUUGGCUGCUCAGUCUGUAACAAAGCUUUUACAGUGAAUGGAAAUUUACAUAGGCACAUGAGAAUCCACACAGAAAAGAAAGCUUUAUUGGAGAGUGUACAACCACAGAAACACAUGAUGACCCACAUAGGAGAUAACCCUUACAGCUGCAGUAUUUGUGACAGAAUGUUCAACAGGCCUCGUCAGCUCAGAAAACAUAAAUGUGUUGGUCAGAUGGAAGCAGAAGCCGACGGAGAGGACUGUGAAGGACCAGAACCAGCCAGGAACACGCAUCCAGAUUCACAAUCGCAACCAGAUACUGAUGAUGAGACUGGAGACUCUUCUGAACCUGAGACGGAUGACAGUGCUGAUUGGAAUGAGACCAGAGAACCUCAGUCAGGUUUAAACUCUCUGAAUAACGAUGAAGUCCUUGUCAGUGAUCUGAGAGGUAGUACCGGUGAGCAACGGUGUGGGAAAAGAUCUGGCACCGGUAGACUUCUGAAGCGACGUGUGAGAUCUCAUACAGGAAAGAGACCAUUUAGCUGCUCAGUCUGUGAGAAAGAUUUUAUACAGAGGGGACAUUUACAUGACCACAUGAGAAUCCACACAGGAGAAAAACCAUUUGGCUGCUCAGUCUGUAAGAAAGCUUUUACAGUGAAUGGAAACUUACAUAGGCACAUGAGAAUCCACACAGAAAAGAAAGCUUUAUUGGAGAGUGUACAUCCAUAGAAACACAUGAUGACCCACAUAGGAGAUAACCCUUCCAGCUGCAGUAUCUGUGACCGAAUGUUCAACAGGACUCGUCGGCUCAGAAAACGUUAAAAUGUGUUGGUCACAUGGAAACAGAAGCCGACGGAGAGGACUGUGGAGGACCAGAACCAGCCAGGAACACAUAUCCCGAUGUACAUUUACAACCAGAUACCGAUGACGAGACUUGACACUGUUCUGAACCUGAAACUGAUGACAGCAAUGCUUGGAAAAACUGAAAAUGCAUGAAGUCUCAAGAAGUUAUGAGAUGUAAUGCUCUGUAUGUUCCUUUUUAAAAUGGAUGAAAUCCUAUAAUUAGAAUCUUAGGCUUUAAUAUGUCUUUAAAUAGGAUUUUGACAGGUCUGAAAAAUUGAUUGGAUUUUGAAGUUAAUGUUACUGUUGUGGUUUAUAGAAUUUCAAAGAUUAAUGCAACUUAAACUGGACUUGUUAGGAAAUGAAGCAAACCGCCAAUCCGUGCAACCCCAGCCCUCUCCAAAAUGGCAGCAGUACUGUAGUAACAAAGAACAGCCUCCCAACUCAGUCUCCAAGCAGACUCUCCAGUCUUCACGCCUAACGGUUCUGCCAUGAAUCUACACGUGUAGGUAUACGCGUUGCAUCUGCCACUACUCAUUUCUGGGUCUAACAAUGUCAAAUCGAAGAAAGGGUUAACCUUUCCUGUUACGGCUUUCCGACUGUGGUCAGUAAGCACAGGGGAGACACUUUGUUCCUCAGUCUUCGCCCGUGAGAGUUGGUACUUGCUCCGAGGCUAAUCCUGUCACUUUUUCACGCGCUCUACCACACACUCCGUAGCAUUCACACAUGCUGGCUUUGCUAUUUUCUUAAAAAUAUACACUUCACAGACACACCAGCGAACAAGUAUGAAUCCUCACAACGGUGUUGGCCACUUAACGUACCAUGAAUCGGCCUUAUGUGUGUAGUGCUGUGAUAUCAACAUUCCCUACAAAGGAGUGAUGGCCAAAUUAAGUUUUGUUACUGCGCAGCCUACUGAGAGAGACGAUGUAAAUGUGACGUGAGCAACGUGUCUGAAAGU